AUGCUGUGUGUGUUUGAGGCUUCUCCCGACUGUCGAAAUCCAGCGGACGUCAUUCUCUGGGUCAACGCAAGCACGGCCCCCAAGAGCCCGCCGCCUCCACCCCUCCCUGCUUCUUCCAUUGUGCACGAGAGCAACACACACCACUGCCACCGCUACACAACCUCAGACCAACGCACUGCCAGAGUUCGAGACGACCCACAGCCUCACUGCCACAACACUCAUGAAAAGCGACACGCAAACUUCAGAUUUGGCAACCCAGUCCUCGAGAAAAUCGCUCUCCUAUUGGGCUCAGUGGCACUGACCGACACGCUCUUCACACGCCCCGCUGUGAUUCUGUAUCCGCCUCGGGGUCCAUCCAAUAUGGUCGACUAUGGAAUCUGGGUCUUCCUUCUCGGUCAUGGAACAAUCUUCUUUACAUUUGCUCAUGGCCUGAACCAGUACUAUUUCAUCGACAAGUCCAAAAGCUGGAGUGAGGCUCAGCAGUACUGCAGAGAGCACUUCACUGACCUGGCCACGAUUGAGAGAAAGGAGAACCUGAGCAGAGUCCACAUCCCGGCUGGUCAGGUGGCUUGGAUCGGUCUUCAUGAUGACCCUGCUGCGUGGUUUCAAGUCAUGACCAAUGCUUCCAACUCCUGGAGAUGGUCGCCACUGGGGCCACCAGCCCUGGAGGCUUCCAGAACUGGGCUUCAAAUGAGCCAGAUAAAUACGGUGCUGUUUCGACGCUGCGCCUCUUGUGGGCACUACGAAGUCCACGGGGACGACAUCGCUGUGUCCCCCGUGGCGAGAACAGGGAACCACAUGACUGUUUUCAUUGCUGAGCUCAACCAGGGAAAGCUGAGGCCUGCCCGAAUGGUUGUCGUACGACUGCUUGAGUUUGAAGCUACCAUCACUGGUAUACUGGCUAAAAUACAUGAUGCCCUGCAGUGUGAGGACCCUUUUGUCCUGACAGAUGCUCAGGGAAAUGAGAUUGUGGAUUCAGAGGGAACACGAGGUUCCAAAUACUGGAGGCAAAAUGCCAAAAAGUGUUUUGCUGUCCCAGAGCAGGUCUUACAUCAAUUCCAGCAGGGAACAAAGGGAAAGAAACAGACUGGCCAGAGAGAGCGCGACUCCACAGGUCUUCUGGAGGUCCAUGAAAAAAUAGAAGAAGUGGUUCUUGCGGCCCAAUCAUUAACAGGAGUUACCUCAGUUAUGAAGGACCUAGCAACACUUGCAAGCAGCACUGUGGGCAACGUGUUACUUCUUAGCAACACUCUUACUAUACAUGUAAAGGAUGCAUUUCGCUGCAUUGUGUGCAGAGGGCUGAUGGAAGAACCAGUCUUUGCUGUAUGCUGCAAGAGGUUUGUGGGAUGCCACAAAUGUGUGGACCAAUGGCUGUUGACCUCUGAGCAAUGCCUCAAGUGCAGGGCAGAGGAUUUUGAAAUGAAUAUUCACAGAGUUGCGUGCCUUGACACCACUGGUGCAAUUAGGAUGGAUUAG